UUGCUACUGUGCUCAGCUCCACGACAGCCUGGUCUGUUGGUGAACACACUGACGCACAAACAUUCUUCGUCAUACAGUGAGUGAAGGAGACAGAGUGAGCGGAGGGAGUGUAAAGAAGGGAGGUAGCACACCUCAUCACCAGGUCCUGGCUUCGGUCAAUCGAUUCUUGUGGUGAUCUCAUCAGUAGCUGUGUAUGCAGCCCAGUCACAGCCCGGCUAGCACUGUGUACCGGCUGGAACUGGUGGAACAUCACUUGACACUUUCAUUUGUUGUUGUUGUAUUCCUCCCCCUUCACAGAGGACUAUUCAAUCUUGUAUUUGAUAUUAUUUGACUGUAUUCUAACACGCAGUUGUGGUGACUGAAGGCCAUUACCUCGGGACUUUCCCUGGCCAGAUAAAUUGGUCAGCGGAGGCCAAAAAUAUCGAUUUUUUUUUUGUUGGUAAAAGAGAGGGAGAGAAAAAGAGCCACACAAAAAUAUGGCGGAUUUCGAAGAGGAAGGCGCAGCCAACCUGGCCCCACAGAAAGAAUUAGAUGAUAAUCGUUAUUUAGAGGAACCAAGCUUAUUGUCAGGUCAAUUUACAGACCAACGUUUCGAUCCAUUCUCUUCAAAGACUUUCUCAGGAAUGGCCCAAACUGACCCCGGUGUGCAGCACGACGACCAGUAUGUGGAAGAACAAGGCAACACUAUUACUGGAGGAUACACCUACCCAGGGGAUGACUUACCUGCUAACUUCGCCAGGCAACAACAAUCUCACAUGUACGGAGAUGAAGCAUCGGAUGAAGUUCAAGGCUCAGACGAAGGUGUGAGAGGUCGCAAUGACCAUGUCUCCAACCCAUUUACAGAUGAACAUGGAGACAUGGGUAUGCCAUCUGGUGGUUAUGGUGACGAGAGACCUAUCAUGGGAUAUAAUCCAUUUUUAAAUGAACAGGACAGAUGCAGAGCUGAUGGCCACGAGACCAUAGAAGAACCAUACGAACAGGGGGAAGAUACUUAUCAACAAAAUGAACAGGGGGAAGAUACUUAUCAACAAAAUGAACAGGGAGAAGAUACUUAUCAACAAAAUGAACAGGGAGAAGAUACUUAUCAACAAAAUGAACAGGGAGAAGAUACUUAUCAACAAAAUGCCGGGCAAAAUGAGGACCAUGAUGAAAGUCCAGUAGGACAUGUCAGCUUGGAGGAGGCCCAGUACUACAGAGAUCAGGAACAAGAAGAUGACAACAGAUAUCAGGAAGAGAAGGAAUAUCAAGGAGAACAUGAAGAUGAUCAGGUGAAUAAACAGAACUACAAGGAACAAGAGAAUCAGCACUAUGAAGAUAAAGAGUAUCAGCACUAUGAAGAUAAAGAGGAUCAGCACUAUGAAGAUAAAGAGUAUCAGCACUAUGAAGAUAAAGAGUAUCAGCACUAUGAAGAUAAAGAGGAUCAGCACUUUGAAGAUAAAGAGGAUCAGCACUAUGAAGAUAAAGAGGAUCAGCACUAUGAAGAUAAAGAGGCUCUGCACUAUAAAGAUAAAGAGGAUCAGCUCUACGAAGAUAAAGAGGCUCAGCACUAUGAAGAUAAAGAGGAUCAGCACUAUGAAGAUAAAGAGGAUCAGCUCUAUGAAGAUAAAGAGGCUCAGCACUAUGAUGAUAAAAAGGAUCAGCACUAUGAAGAUAAAGAGGAUCAGCACUAUGGAGAUAAAGAGGAUCAGCACUAUGAAGAGAAUGUUGACGAAGUGGAGCAAGAGGCACGACAGGUUAAUAAAGAUGAACAAGAAGUCAUUCCAGGAUACCGAAAGCUAGAAGAAGAUGCAGAUGAUGCCGAUCUGGAAAUGGAUCCUGUAGAGAAUAUUCAGGAAGCAAACUUCAAAGACAAACCUGUAGCUGUUAGCUGCAAUCUCUAUGGUGACGUAGGUGAGCCAGCAUUACAGCACAGUGAAAUAGUGGACCAAGACAAAGACUAUUUGGCUGAUGACACUCCAGACGACACAAGACAAUUCCCAGAAAGCACUCGGGAGGGGGGGGAGACUUUCCAAGGUGGCGAAGAAAAUGAAACGGAAGAAAGAUUUCCAGAAACUAGUACACGUGCAAAGUUUGGAGAAGAAACACGUGCAAAGUUUGGAGAAGAACCAUUCUACGACGAGGAGGAGGAACAAGGUUUGGAAGUGAACGAGGUGGACAUGGACCAGCGUGAAGGGGAGAGAGAAUAUCUGGAGACGCCAACUACAAAUAUUGAGACUGAUGCUAAACGCUAUUCUGAUGUUGAAGACAAAGGCCAGGAGGAUUCUCAGGACGAGCAAGAGGAUGAUGAGCUAGAACAAAGGGAAGACAAGUUUGUUCAACAAGAAUUGAAACCAGCCAAACAAACAGAUCAAGAUUUAGGUAUUGUUAACCAAGCGUUUUCUGAUGACGCUGAAUGCGAUUAUAAAAUCGAAAAAGACUUUAGUAGCGGCAAAGAAGUAUUGGUUGAGGAGAACGAAAUUAACCCUCAAACUGCACAAAAUGUCGAGUACAUUCCAACAGAUGUGGAUAAUACUCUAGACAAAGAAAUAGAGCCAAUGGUCCCAGAAGAAAACGAGUCAAGUGAGGAAGAUGAAUUAACAACGGGCGAGUAUACAAGCGAAAAACUCUCGCGUGAAGACGAGGUCUUGAUAAAAGAUCAUAUUGAAACAAUGGAAAAAGGUUUUGAACCACAAUAUCAAGACCUUGACUCGUUUUCAUCACAUCAGGAAUACAGGAGUUUCGCUGACAAUGUAUCCGAAGUAACCUCCCCUGAUACUGUGCCCCAACCUCUUCCUUCUCCACCGGAGCCUAAAGAUAUGUCACCCUUUGACCCUAACGCCCCCUCUGACUCGCCGUCCCCUUGUCAUGAAAAUCUAGGUCAGCACGGUGACACGGCGGAUGAGAAUAACACAGGUGAUUUCCUAGCCGGUGAAGUAGAAGGUGAGACUAAGUUCGGUGUGGAUGGUACGGCAAUCACAUCAACAAACACACGUAACGGAACGUUUAUACAUUCGGAAGACGAAGAAGAAGAAGAAACCGAAGAAGAAUCCCAACAAUUAGAUCAAGGCUGUGUUACAAACACCGGAAAUACUGAGACAGAAACCAGUGUUGACGACAGAAGUGGUGAGUACGCGGGACACGCUAUGGAAUCUAACGAUAACGCGCUUAUGUCAAUGUCAAUGGAGGGAAGUUUUUACGAUGAUGGAGGAGAACUUAUAGGAGGGGAGGACAGGAGGGCCCAGGAAAAUCAUUAUCAAGACGAGGAUAGCUACGAACAACAAAGCAUUCAGUUAAGUCAGCAGAUUCAAAAUUGUUUUUCACAACCUAGUCAGGAGGCCUUAGGCCAACAAGAUACUUACACAAAUGUGUCUUCAGCUGUGAAUGGGGACAUUGAUUCCAUCUUAGAUGCUCCUGUAACUGCCCCUGGUCUCCAAACGCCAGUUACAGAGCAUGAUUCUUCAGUUGAUGUUACCGAAAGUCAAAAAUUCCAUACAAACGAUUAUGCAUCACAUUUAGCAGAAGACACUGAAGAGCCAGAAUGUCCAGGAGAAAGUAGUAUUGAUGCUGUAGGCAUUAGUAGCCCUCCAGACGAGUCCACUCAUAACCAGGAAGAUUUAGAAGAAGCUUUAGGAAGUAUUCAGAUCUCAGAACCAGCAGCUCAAGAAACAGCUGAAGAACCUUCAUCAUCUGUUGAUGUGGUUCCUCCAGAACCAAAAUCAGAUGAUGCUCUUGCUUCUGCUGCAGCUCCUGCCGCAGUAGCAGGUGUUGCUGCAGCAGCUGCAGCAGCUGCUGUUUCAACUACAAAAACAACUUCUGUAAAGAAAUAUACUUCAGCAAAAGCUGGUGCUAAAACAACUACAACUACAACUAAAGCUGUGAAAGAAACUAAAACAACAAAUGGUAAACCAGCUAGUGCUAAAAAGAUUGAGGUCAGCACUACCACUGUUACAAAGACAACAUCAAAAAAACCUACAGAUUCAAGACCAGCAUCAGCAGCCACAACAGAGAAAAAAUCACCAGCUAAGCCUGCAGUCAGUUCACCCACAAAGUCUGCUGCCCCUGCUGCACCUAAGGCCACAGGUCCAGUACCUUCAUAUGCUCAACCUAUAACCCCUAGGAAACCCAGAGAAGCUAAACCAUCUAGCCCAGAAGAGAAAAAAAAGACACCCACUCCCAGAACCCCUUCUGCAUCUGCUCGUACACCUAAAACACAAUCUUUAACAACAACAGCUUCUUCAACAACCACCACUACCAUUACAAAGACAACUGUCAGAACAACAUCUGCAGCUGCUUCUACCACAACUACCAGUAGAACAGCCCAACUGGCUAGACCUAAAUCUUCCCCAACUAAACUUACAAAUGGUACUAGUGGUUCUCAUACCCCUGUGGAUAAUAAUAAAUCACCAACUAAAAAAACUGAAACCAAGCCAGGAAGUGGAACUGUGAAAGUCACUACAGAGAAAAAGGAAAUAAAAGUCACAUCGAAAAUUGAUGCAGGAACAAAAAGCACAACCCCCAAAUCUCCAACCAAAUCAUCAACACCUAAAACACCAUCAGCCAGUACACCAAAAACUGGAGAGGUGAAAGAGGGGAAAGAAAUCAAGUCGAAAAUUGGUUCCUUAGAGAAAACAAACCAUACACCUGGAGGAGGCAAUGUAAAAAUUACAACCAAAAAGCCAGAUUUUACAAAUGUGACAAGCAAGAUUGGGUCCAAAGAUAAAAUAGACCACAAACCAGGAGGUGGUAAUAUCAAGAUAGAAACUAAAAAACUAAAAAUUGAAGCCAAAUCUAAAAUUGGCUCAUUUGAAAAUGCGACUCAUAAACCAGCAGGGGGAGAUAAAAAGAUUGAGGUCAAGAAAAUGGAAUGGAAUGCUAAAUCUAAAGUGGGGUCUUUAGAAAAUGCAACACAUGUUCCAGGUGGCGGUGAUAAAAAGAUUUUAUCAGAAAAACUUGAAUGGAAAUCUGGAUCUCGAGUGGGUUCACUGGACAAUGCUAAACAUGAACCGGGUGGUGGCAACGUCAAAAUUGAAUCUCGCAAAUUAGAUUUCAAAGAAAAAGCCUCUCCCAAAAUUGGAUCUUUAGAUUCCAAGAAAGUGAGCACAUCAGAGGAAAGUCCAGUACCAGCUACUAAUGGAGUUCCAACAGAGAACUGAAAGCAGAUGUUAGACUAGCUGCCAUUUGUUUGUUUUGUUCCAAUAUGUAGGUUUAUAGAUACUCCUGUUUAACAGGGUUCCAUCACAUCAAUAUCUUGUGACAUAACCUGUCAAUCAAGUUGUCUGUCCAGAUGAACUAAACAACAACUGAUUCUGGUUUCAAAGCUACUUGACUUUUGAUUCAACAGCUGUAGCCAUGGUUACCACUUUAUAUCUUUUGUCUGUUGUACAAUUUGAUUCUCAUAGAAGAAGAAACAUUUAUAGAUGUAAACUAAAGAUCAUCUUUCAGUUGUCCUUUUGUUCUUUCGUAACUUUCGACAAAUCUAUUAAUGUAAAUUGAAACAAGUAGCACAUAGAUAAAUGAAAGGACUGAUUUAGACAAAAGGAAUGUAUGGACUGUCAAUUGAACAUUAUCAUUACUUCUAAAACAUUAUGUAUCCCUUGUUCUCUAUGGUAUCAAAUAAUUAUUAGUGUGACUAAUUUAUGUCUGCUUACAAUCCUAAUGAGCUCAUCACACAUGACAUUUCUUGUGUAGUGUACACUAUUAUAUAAGCUUUCAUUGGGCCUUCCUCAGUUAUCUCUGAAUGUCCAGGAGAUAUGUAAUUCAUUUGAAUAGGUUUGAUCCAUACAAUUCAAACAUUGGGUUUUGACACUUUUUUGGGGCUUUAUGAUACAAGAUUAAUCCUAGAAAAACAUUUUUUAAUAAUAGAGAUUUGAAUUUUUUUUUCGGAGUAUUAAUUUUAUAUUAUUGCAGAAAAAUCCUAUAUGUUUAAUUAUAAGAUAAUUUUGUAAAGCAAUAUCAAAACAUGCUUGAGUAAUUAUAUUUUAGAUGAAUUAAUUUGUGUUAAGAUUUCCAUAUUAGCCUUAAGUCUCACAUUCAUCUCUGUAAUGUUUAAUGCUUUAGCUGAUGUACACAUACAAUCUCUUGAAGGAACAGAAUUAUGUUCAAGUCAUUCAUAAUUUGAACUGGCUAUAUUAUGAAAUUCCAAUUGUUCACAACUUUUAAUUAUUCAAUUUUUAUUAAUUCUUGAAAUUUUAAACCUUUUGGUCACAAAUUUCAUUAUUUUAGUUUACGAAAAUUUCAGUUUUAGACUUGAACCAGAGUAGCAUGCACAUUUUGUGACAAAAAUACUGUUCCAAAAUAUUUGUUUAACAUUUCUUGAGUGUUUUGUUGUUGUUUUAUUUUUAGCACUGUCUUGUUGAAGAAAAUGUCUUAUUCUUUGUCAAAGAUUAUUGUGAUAAUAGUUUUUGGCUUUCCAUGUAACCUUCAACCAACCUAAGUCCACUUUUAUGCUUCACAGGUUUUGUUCUCAUAUGGAUGUAUUUUUUUUAAUUGUAAUCAUUUUUUUAACUCAUGGAAGAAAUAAAAUCAUAUGCAAUAAAAUGUAUUGUUGGAUUUUAAAUCUUCAACAAAUAUUCAAUUAGAAGUUCUCAUAACAAAGUGAACUGAACCUACUGAAUUUUGUUUUGCUACAUUUGCUCUCCCAAUUUGAGUAUUCUAAUGAUAUACAAAAUUCUUCAAAACAAAUAUCCAAUGUCACACUUUUUUUUUUCUAAUAAUAACAAUUGAAUUUUUUUUUAUUAUUAUUAUUGACAAACUCUGCACUAAGGUCUGAUAGCACACCAUACAUUUCUUGACAUAGAUUGAAACUGAAUCCUUGCUAAUGCCAACUUAAUUUUCAUUUGUUCCAUGAGGAACUUUUUCAAAAGUAAUUCUACAAUAAUAAUUCUGGGCUUUUUUGUUCCAAUGACUACCUAAAGUGAUCAUGGCUUAAUUACAGCCAAAGCUUGAAUUGAUUUUCUGUUCUACUGACUACUUAAAUAGUUUGACAUCUUGUUCAUUUGCUCAUAUUUGAUUCUGUUGUGUACUUUGAUUUAUAUCUACUAUUCAUAACAUGUUAGUAACAUUUUGAACAAAUCAAUUUUUGUAUGUUUGCUCUCAGUGUUCAGAAACUCUAAAGAGAACUAAAUGACCAAAUGCUUCAGUUUAUUGCUUCAAUCUUAAGUUCCUAAUGUUUACAGUUCCUCUUUAGUGCUACUCUAUGGCAUAUGGUCUCUUUUUUUUUGUCUUUGGUUUUUGCCUUACUGCUGUAUAAUGCUAGAUGUUUAAUCAUUAAACAUAUUUUUAUUAUUGA